CGGUGUACAUAGUUGCAUUUAAAUUCGAAUUUGCAAUUCGAACAACCAGCUUCGAACACGGCACAACGCGCCAAAUCUGACAUUUGACAAACUAACACACAAUGAUUGACACUCAAUGUCAACAUGCAAUCCGCUUACAAUUGUCAUUGGGUAAAUAAACAUUAUUUGAAAUGCAAUAUAGGAAAAAAAAGGAACCGAAAAUUAUAAAUAGCCACUGAAAAAAGAGGAGAUUUUCGCUGAAAAAUGGUGGCUUUGGAAAAGAAAUUUAUUUGCAUCAAUUGUGGUCACCCAACCGAUGAACUUUACACAAAAUACAGUGCAAAUGUUAUGAAAAUCGCCAACUGUGAAAAAUGCCAUCAAAUCGCCGACAAAUAUAUUGAAUUUGAACCGAUCGUCAUUGUCAUUGACUUGGUGCUGUUGUCACGACCUACCUACCGGCAUGUAUUGUAUAACACUGACUUUAGAAUCCACUGGAAAUUGAGUUUAAUCAUCUGCCUGCUGGAUGCAUAUAUUUCAUGGUCGAAUAAAUUUCAUUAUUUAGCCUCUGAAGUCAACGAUGAACACUUUACCAAAGAGAAAUUCUUUUAUUUAUGCUUCGGACUAGCGGUGACCGACAAUUUAGUGCUGAUGGCACUGUUAAGCUUAAGUCUUAGAAAGUCGCUAUUGUUCUGGUCAGCCGCAAAUCCACUGAUGUUAUUGAUCAAAGCAAUGUGUUUGGCCAAUGUUGCGAAAUUCUUUCUCCUACCUAUCGUCAUAUGGAAGACACAACAGAGUGAUUUCGUGGUUCAACUCAAUUUUAUGCUGUUUCUUGGUUAUUUUAUCAGCAGCUUGAUCAAUGCACAUUCAGUUAUAUCCGGUUUUGGUCGAAUUUACUCGGGAUUUUCGGUGAUCUCGUCUCUUGCCAUCAAAUCAAUCAUGUUUAAUGUAUUCAUUCGUUAUUUGGAGCGAAAUUUCUUCUUGCUCUAAAGAGGUUAGUCACAACAAAGAAGACAUAGUACAAAAGGUAUUUUUUUUUCUUUUAAUAUAUUUUACAAUUUUUAUGUAAAAUAUUUCGACUAGUUAAUAUAGCUAAUAAAAAUGUCCCAACAAUGGUUAAAGAAAAUUA